AUGGUGACAUCCGAAAUCCCACGCGGGCUCCAGCAUAUGCUUGAUGCUGAAACCUCGGUCUGCCGGGAAAGUCAAAGCACAGACUUGGAUCACCCCCUCGCUAACUUGUGUGAUCACCGUUUGAAUCCGUUGGGAAGCCUGGGGUGCACCCCAUCGCGAGCGCUCACUGGGUGGAAAACGAGAUUGGCAGUGCCCUGGAGGAAUAAUCCGCCAGAUCGAAUCGAGGCGAAUGAUUCGCACAAGGGAAAAAGCCCACCGAAACGCAAACGCCAGCUCCGAUUCGAGCAGAAAAGGGAAGCGCAGGCAAUCCAGUUCCCCAGACACACACAUGGUCUGAUCUUCAACGUGGCCGCUGCACAGGCACCGUCGUUCGGGCUUCCUCUUUGUUCCUUAACCAGUGUCUCCAUCUGCCAGGGGUAG